UGAAGGAAUUAUUAUUAUAAACUACAUUCCGGGUACCGGUACUCUUAUUUUGUGCUUUGGUUUGAAUUGUUCAUCGUUGCGGUAUAAUUCCUUUACAGGAAUUGAGAUCUAUCAGAAAGAUUACUUUCAAACCAAGAUGAAAGACAAAUUUGAGUGUUGUUCUAGUUUCCGAGUGAAUCAUGGAAAAUGAGAAGAUCAACAUGAAGGUGAUUAAGAUAGAGAUCAUAGCACUACCGCCCUCAUCAGAGGAACUAGGACUCCAGCCUGGAGAUGGCUUGGCACAUGGCUGCAGAGUGGACAGUGAAGCUGAAGAGGUUUGUGACGAGAUCAACCAGGGAGAAGAGAUACACAGAGGAUACCCUACUGAUUCUGUGAAAGUAGAAUGUUCACAAGAUGGUUGGACAGGGGCUGAUGAUGCCAUAGAGACACAGAAGGCACAACCAACAGAAGAAGCAGAUGGGAAAACUAUCAAAUUCAUUAAAAUAAAAGAAGAACCCUUGGAUAUUGACGACACACGGUACACAGAAGACGAGGGUACUAGACCCAAGACAAGAAGCAAAUCCAAGGUACCAGAAAGAACUCUGGAGUCAAGCCUUUUCACUGUUCACUUUGUGACAAGAGAUUUUCAUCCAAAGGCAAUCUUAACAAGCAUCUGAGAAUGAUGCAUUGUCAGUGUUCUAUCUGUAACCAAACAUUUUCCAAUGACGAGACUCUGUCAAGACAUGUACAAACCCACAGUAAACCCAAACAAUAUGAGUGUACUCAUUGUAAGAAUAUAUUUACCAGUAGAGGUAGUCUUUAUAGGCAUUUGAGAAUCAUACAUUGUAAGUGUUCUGCUUGUAACAAAGUGUUUUCCUCUGAAGAUAUUCUUGCAAGACAUAUACAAACGCACCGUAAACCAAAAUCAUAUCCGUGCACUCUUUGUUUGAAUAGCUUUACCAUUAGAUGUAAUCUUAUUAGGCAUUUGAGAAUCAUACAUUGUAAGUGUUACUGUUCUGCUUGUAACAAAGUGUUUUCCUCUGAAGAUAUUCUUGCAAGACAUAUAAAAAUGCACCAUAAAUCAAAAUCAAAUCCGUGCACUCUUUGUUUGAAUAGAUUUAGCAGCAAAGGUAAUCUAAAAAAGCAUUUGAGAAUCAUACAUUGUCAGUGUUCUGCUUGUAACAAAGUGUUUUCCUCUGAAGAUAUUCUUGCAAGACAUAUACAAACGCACCAUAAACCAAAAUCAUAUCCGUGCACUCUUUGUUUGAAUAGCUUUAUAAGCAAAGGUAAUCUAAAAAAGCAUUUGAGAAUCAUACAUUGUAAGUGUUCUGCUUGUAACAAAGUGUUUUCCUCUGAAGAUAUUCUUGCAAGACAUAUACAAACGCACCGUAAACCAAAAUCAUAUCCGUGCACUCUUUGUUUAAAAAGCUUUAUCAGCAAAGGUAAUCUAAAACAGCAUUUGAAAAACAUACAUUGUCAGUGUUCUGCUUGUAACAAAGUAUUUUCCUCUGAAGAUAUUCUUGCAAGACAUAUGAGAACGCACCAUGGACGAAAAGCCUAUGGUGAAAGUCCCCUUCGCAAGCCGAGUUAGGAACCCA